UGUGUGCCCGUACAAUGUCACAUCCUGCUUACUUUCCCAACACAAGGAUGAGCGCUCUUGCAUAUCCAAAGGUCCUUCCCAUGCAUAUAUGCGUGGCAAGGCAGCCUGAACGGAUGACAUGACACCAACCAGCUGUGGUGCUGACAGCAAAUAAUACAUCAGGAGCAGAACAGACUCUUUUUUUUUUUCCGGAGACAUGAAGCAUCGAGUUGCUCCCUACGCUGCUGUAAUUGUAGUUCUUGUGGUCACAUGGGCCAUCUCGCACGACUAUAUACGCAUACAGCUGAGAGCAAGAAAACUUUGGGGGAUGAAAAGCGCGGAGCAAUUCAAACCAAAAGUCCAACCAAUCACGUCUUCAUCCGUGUGCAACCUCUCCGGAGGUUGCCCCUCUGAUCACUUUGCAAUACACAUGCGCAGCGGAGCAGCUAACGUUGUCGGGCCCAAGAUCUGCUUCGAUGGUAAAACCAUCAUGAGUCACGUAUUGAACAACGUGGGACCUGGGCUCAACAUUGUCGUCGUAAACAGUGAGAACGGCACCGUGGACAGAUGUGGCUAUCUGAAUAUGAAAGACGGAGUCCCAGAGGACAUCUUGGCGUACCUGAAAGAGAUUAAACCUGGAGAGAUUGUCAUUGUGGCCUCCUUUGACGACGUGACAACAAAGAUGACAAAAGAAAUGAGGGAGAUUUUUGUCGCAAUGGGCAGCGCUUUGAUCGAAUCCGUAAGUUACCGUGACAACUGGGUGUUUGCGGGAAGAGGCGGGACAGCAAGCAGAAGCUCCUUUGAGAAGCGAGCUGCUAAUGACGACACAAGCAACGUUUAUGACGGAUGGCCCGUUGCAGUGGAGGUGGGCGGCUGUUUCCCCAGAAGCUCUUAAAGGACAUUUUCUCAUCAACGGGAAGAUAGGAAUACAUUUGAUUCUGAAAGUAAGAGUCGAAUGUUCUCAUGUUUUGCCCUUUCCAUUUAGUGUCUGAAAGCAUAAUACAGUAUGACUUUUUUUUAAUUAUCUAAAACCUUUCCCAUGUUUCGUAAUCAUCUGAAUCACUAUCACAACAAAGCGCCUUUAGAGUCCCAAAUCAAAAUUGCUAAAUCAUCAUGCAAAUGGAGCAGAAUAAUGAAACUCUGAGGUCUUAUUAAAGUGGCCAAACAUUUGCACAUGUACCAGUACAAUGAAAAGCCCUUUAAAAUGUGUUCCCUUCAUUUUAGAACUUUCAUACCUGCUAUCCACAUUUUGCGUUAAAAAAAAUACUGUACCCUCAGUUUAGUCAUCUGUACCCUCAAAUCACAAAUCUUAACAGAUUACACAACACAGGGUGCAAAUUAACAAACUGAGGGAACAGAUUCUCAAUCAAUAUUAUUUUUCUCACAACUUGACACCAGGGGGCUCGGUAGAAAAUUGACAUGGCCAUUUCCCUGAUAGACAAAAGGUUCCCUAGUAUAAACUCAAAGCAGAGGUGACAUUCUCUUGCUUUGAGUUCGACCCAAACAUUUAGCGUCACAGCAACACUUGACAAAAAGUAAAUGGUGUCAGUUUGUCAAGUGCAAGAUUGUCAAUCCCCCCCACCCCGCCCCUCCACACCGUUAAAUGCCCCUCACCCCCAUUGCCCUUUUACACAUAUAGAUGAACUAUCAUCUUGAAACGAAAUGUAAAUUCCCAUUUGAACAAUAGGAGAACUUCAGUGAGUGACAAAUUCCCACUUGCCUGCAGCGUGAAAAAAAAAGUGUCAGAGUGCAAAUGAGCCAACAAGAAAGACGCACUAUCUUGUGUAAAUUAGCCUGCUACACGUUUAACCAGUAGAAUUUGAAUAUAAAGUGCCCCGCGAAUUGAUUUAUACACCUUUAAUUUGAAGUGUUAUAUGACGAACGCAAAUCGAAGGGAAUCAACUCCCCUUGACCACAAUAAAAUCCAGCGCGAAUCAAUUGCCUUCAAACGUCACCCAAGUCCACCUGUGCGUAGUCUGUGCUUGCUAUGAAUGUAAGUGCACAGCAAAUGACUGGCAGCUCAUCAGCCGCGCCUUUUGUCUCUGGUUGUUUUUCUAUUUCCAGCUGGAGGACCCUAUAUGUCAGCAUCCAGACAGAGGCAUAAAACCCAAAAUGUUUUCUGCCACAAUUAAAAGAAUAAAACAAUUAACUGCAAACAGACGUAUUUCUGGAUGGUUUCGAGGUGUCACAUGUAAUUCAAAUAAAACUAAUUCACUUUUAUGGUUAUACACAAUGUGGCAAAAUGUACACACAGUCUAUUUCCUUGAAUAAAUGUAUAAGCA